CCUCACAUUGAACUGAAUGAAUAGACGAUCCUGACAUCCCAUGAAAUAAAACCAGAGGGCAGCCACUGUGUGUUAUUGAGUGAAAGACAAGUGAUCGUUUUGCUUAAGGUAUUAACUGAGACCUGGCACAGGACACACGGCUCCAAGAUCCUCGCAUCUGACUCGAGGAAUGAAAUCUGGCCAGUGAUGCAUCGGGGAGAGAGACUGCUGUAAAGGACAGCUCAGUUCAUUGUUUUAAGUAGGCUAAAUACGGCAUGUUUGAUUUUGAAUUACUGGAGCUAUGUCGAUUCUUGGAGUUAUGCUCGUACCAGGCGAUGUGCACGAAAUCGUGUUCCAUUUAUAAAUAAAGAGGAAGCACGUUGUGAAGUGGUCAACGGGAGCGCAAGAUUCAUCCAGUCUUCAUUCAUGGGAUGACGUCUUGGUGUAUGUCCUGUCCCAUCAACCCCUGCCCCGUCUCCUGUCUGCCUGUGAACGCGUGACUCCAGCAGGCUGAUGAGACGCUUCGUGUACUGUAAGGUGGUGUUGACCACCUCUCUGGUCUGGGUGCUAGUGGACGUUUUUCUGCUGCUGUACUUCAGUGAGUGCAACAAAUGUGACAACAAGAAGGAUGGAUCGCUUCUGCCGGCGCUGAGAGCGGUGAUGUCACGCACCCAUGAGGCUCCUGGUGAAAUGGGAAAGGCUGUGAUCAUUCCUAAAGAACAGCAUGACAAGAUGAAAGAACUCUUUAAAAUCAAUCAGUUUAACCUGAUGGCCAGUGACAUGAUUGCACUUAACAGAAGUCUGCCGGAUGUCAGGCUGGACGGAUGUAAGACGAAGACAUACCCUGACGACCUCCCGAACACCAGCAUUGUGAUUGUGUUUCAUAAUGAAGCAUGGGGUACUCUCUUGAGAACCAUACAUAGCGCAAUAAACCGCUCGCCCAGACAACUACUGCUGGAGAUACUUCUGGUGGACGACGCCAGCGAGAGAGAUUUUCUGAAAAAUAAACUAGAGGAAUAUGUUGACCAUCUUGAAGUUCCGGUACGGAUUUUGAGGAUGGAACAGCGAUCUGGUUUAAUUCGAGCGCGGCUGAGAGGGGCAGCUGUUGCACAAGGGCAGGUCAUAACCUUCUUGGAUGCCCACUGUGAGUGCACUUUGGGUUGGCUGGAGCCGCUGCUGGCGCGGAUUAAAGAGGACAGAAGGGCUGUGGUGUGCCCUAUCAUUGAUGUCAUCAGCGAUGAGACAUUUGAGUACAUGGCCGGCUCAGAUAUGACCUACGGGGGAUUCAACUGGAAACUUAACUUCAGAUGGUAUCCAGUUCCUCAGAGAGAGAUGGACCGGCGAAAAGGAGACAGGACCCUUCCUGUAAGAACUCCAACAAUGGCGGGAGGUCUGUUCUCUAUUGACCGAACAUAUUUUGAAGAGAUCGGCACGUAUGACUCGGGUAUGGAUAUAUGGGGAGGAGAAAACCUGGAGAUGUCUUUUAGGAUCUGGCAGUGUGGAGGAUGUCUUGAGAUAGUCACGUGUUCUCAUGUGGGUCAUGUAUUCCGGAAAGCCACACCAUACAGCUUCCCUGGUGGAACUGGUCAAGUUAUUAACAAGAACAACAGACGACUGGCCGAAGUCUGGAUGGACGAGUUUAAAGAUUUCUUUUACAUCAUCUCACCAGGUGUGGUUCGGGUGGAUUAUGGAGACGUCUCCUCUCGGAAAGCUUUAAGAGACGCUCUGAAGUGCAAACCAUUCUCAUGGUACCUGGAGAACAUCUACCCCGACUCUCAGAUUCCACGGAGGUAUUACUCACUCGGAGAGAUCAGAAAUGUUGAGACCAAUCAGUGUGUGGAUAACAUGGGCCGUAAAGAGAACGAAAAGGUUGGUUUCUUCAACUGUCACGGAAUGGGCGGCAACCAGGUAUUCUCGUACACAGCUGAUAAGGAGAUCCGUACAGAUGACCUGUGUCUGGAUGUAUCGCGGCUCAACGGACCUGUCGUUAUGCUGAAAUGUCACCACAUGAAGGGAAACCAGAUGUUUGAAUACGAUGCAGAGCGGCUGACACUGCUCCAUGUAAACAGUAACCAGUGUUUGGACAUGCCUUAUGAAGACGAUAAGAUGGUUCCUACUCUCAAAGACUGUAACGGCAAGCGGUCACAGCAGUGGAUCCUGAGGAACAUGACGAUAAAUAUCUGACGGAACAAUCAACCUCUUCAGACCGAAAUCUUGGCACGGUAGCCCGACAAUACCAGAGUUUAAAGCCAUCUUCAAAGCGCUUCACGGCUUUGAUCAGAACCACAGAGCCCAUUACUGAUCCAUUAGCGUCUCCAACACAGGCUUGUGUCUCUGCUCAUGUUUGAACAACUCUGCUUUAGAAGUCAGAUUGACUGGUCUGGGGUCAGAUCAGAGCCCAGCGGCUCUCAGCGAGGUUUGAAUGCUUACUGAUUUUGAUUUGAGGUUGUGUCACAGGCUGUCAUGGCUCCUCAUCGUGUGCGAGACGUCUGGUGCCUCUUAAUUAUCUUACCCUUCAUAUUUUGAGACAGAAGAAAUCGUGUUGGCCUAUACGUUGACUGUUUCCUAUGCCAGAAUUAAAGCGGUGUCGGUCAAUGGAUUGUGCACUGAUCGUACCGUAUAAUGCUCUGCUGUUUCCGAAAACUAACUACGGUCUUUUAAUGGGGCUGCAAUAUAUACAGUGCCUGCCUUAAGAAAACCUGAUACCAUAAAAACAUGUAGACUAUAGAAAUAACUAAAGAACAAGCGUUUCCAGAUAUCACAUAUUUCUGAUAUGGGUUCUGUUGAACACAAAAGAAGAUAUUUUGAAGAAUGUCCCUGUAAUUUCACCUUCUAUGGUAGUCAGUGGGGUCUAUAUCCUUCUCUGUGUUCAACUAAAAGAAAAUUAUAAAGGGUUUGGAACAACUAGAGAGUGAGUAAUUCAUUAGUUUUCAUUUCGGGUGAACUUCAUGUAACUUUAAUUUAAUUUGGGGUGUAUUUUUUGUAUUUUGCAUAGCUUUAUUGUUUUUAUGCAAAGGUCAAACACAAAACUGUUUUAACUGUAAACUACAUUUUACAGUAUAGCUUUAUACACUUCAUAGUGCAAAUUUCUAGAAAAUGCUCUGAUGUAAGAACUUUCACAUGAUUCUUUUUUACUAAACAGCAGAAAUGUUUAGCGAUAUUUGAUUUGAGCAAAACAUUCAUAAUGAUUAACCACAUCAGCUAAAAGAUACUAUAUAUUUUGAAGGUUAAAUAUGACUUGGACAUUUUUUGUUUGAUGUUCAGCAAAAAUUUGCAGUUUAUUUAAGAGUGUGUUAUUUUGUGUGUGACUUUGCUCAUCUAUGUCAUUUGUAUAUAUGUAUACCCUGGGAACAUUGUAAGAAGUACCAUCAUCAUCAAAUGCAUUACAGUGAUCCUGUCACUGAUGUCAAUUCUUCCUCAGCAUGGAAAAGAUAUGAGUUAAUUGUACAAAAUAUGAUCUAGAACUUUUUGAGCUUUGUUGUAUAUAGUAAAAUAGCAAAUAUUUUUUUAAGCUAAAAUCUAAAAACAAUAUAAAAAAACAAUGGACAUUUAAGUGAAUGGGACUGCCUGUUGAGGUGAAAAUCUGCAAUCUAUAAUAUUCUUAAAGUUUGUAAAUGUCUGUUUACCAGAAAAGAGCCUUGCAUUAUGAUAUUGAUUAUCUUGAAAUAUUUGCUUUCGAAGGUUUGAAGGAUUUGUAAUCUUUACUCAAUUUGUAAGUAUUUAUUGAAUGCAUUCAUAAGCCUAAGAAAGAGUUUAGUUCCACCCAACUGAGAAAGACACUAAUAAUCUCAAUAAAUAUCUCAAUAUCUCUUAAUUUUUUCUACUCUAACACCUGCAUGGUACACAGGUCUGUACAUGUUGAUUAAACCUUAAAUGUGUAACUUUGUAUUUGUCUUAAUGUUAACUGUUUGUAGUUUUGAUCUGAAUCAACCAUGUUUAAUAGAUUGAUAAAAAAUGAACUGUGACCUAUAAUAAACCAUUUGUUGUUAAA